GAGAGAGAGAGAGAGAGAGAGAGAGAGAGAGAGAGAGAGAGAGAGAGAGAGAGAGAGAGAGAGGAGUAUUAUUUGAGAACAUAAAAAUGGAGGUAGAGCAAGUUCUACACAUGAAUGGAGGAGUUGGGAAAACAAGCUAUGCAAACAAUUCCCUACUUCAAAGAGCAGUGAUUUCAACGGUGAAGCCUAUAGUUGAUGCAAGCAUAGAGGAGCUGUGUUGCACUCUCUUCCCAGAGUGUUUGAAAAUAGCGGACUUGGGAUGCUCUUCAGGACCCAACACCCUUUUGGUGGUAUCAGAUAUCAUAGACAACAUCCGCAACACUUUCCAAAAGCUCAACCGCCCACCUCCAUCACUCCAAGCCUUCUUGAAUGAUCUUCCCCGAAACGAUUUCAACACGGUGUUCAGGUCAUUGCCAGGCUUCUAUAAGAAACUUGAUGAAGAACCUGAAAAGAAGCUUGGGCCAUGUUUCAUUGCAGGAAUGCCUGGCUCUUUCUAUGGCAGGCUCUUCCCCGACAAUUCUCUCCACUUUGUUCACUCUUCUUAUGCUCUCAUGUGGAUCUCUGAGGUUCCAAAAGGCUUGGUGACGAAAGAAGGAGAGGCACUUAACAAGGGGAACAUAUAUAUAAAUAGGAUGAGAAAUUAUUGA